AUGUCUGAAAAUAAGAAAUACCUACUAGACCUGCCGAAGCUCACGUCAGUAGAAUUUCCGUUGGUGGUUAAUAACUCGGCAAGGGCACUGGAGAUGGUUGGCGGGAAAGAAAAACUUCAGAAAUGUAUCAUAUCCAACGACAUAUUGGAGAAUCGCCCUUUUCUAAGUUUAGGACAACAGGGCAACGCUCUUAAUGAAGCAACUCUUGAGCUUCGACUGAGAGAAGAUCCCCAUCAUCAUCCAAUCAACUCUUACAUUCAUCAGAAUGAGAAUCUAUUGGUAAAGGUACGAGUCCCUAGGAAGGUAUUUCGAAAGAGAAAUGGAAACAACAUAGCAGCUACAUUGCGACACUGCAAGCAGAAUGGCUUUAGUACUGAGUUCAACGUUAUUGGAGUCUUGAAUAAGAACUUCAAAUUUAGGGAGUUGGCAGAUUUUCAGUAUAUCACGAAGAGUUCUGCAUUUGCAAGUAAGUUCAGACAAGGGCUAUUAAGGGGAUAUCUGCCUAAUAUUAAGGGCAUUGCCAGUGAUAUCGAAAAUGAUAUAAGCAGACAGCAAAACAACGAUGAUUUGGAUUUACCCCCUCCUUUGAGAUUCAACAGAGUUUCAUUGCCUUUCAAUUAUGGCUACAAGUCCAACCCGUACUCAUCAACUAUAGUGGAUGAGAACGGACAAAUAUCUUUACAGACUCGAUCAAAAAGAAUUUUAUUGUUUAGUACUAGUAUAGAUUUCGGCGAAGCUACGCCACUGGGUCCUCCUAAUGAACUGUUGAACAAUUUAGAAGAUUUGAGAAAAGAGGUGCAGCAAAUGCGCAUUGACAAGAGAAACAGUGAAGAAUUCAUCCGGGAAUCUCCUGCUCAGACACUUUUGGAUACGAUAGAGCUAUUGAAUGUGGCGUUUAGGGUUCGUCCUAUCUGGCUUAGAAGUAAUUUGGUUAAGCUGUUCCCUGACAGAUUUAAGUCUAGUAUCAAGUUUGCUCUGCCAUAUGUUUCGUAUCUAAUGAGAAAAGGACCAUGGAGAUCUUCGCCUAUAGUUUUCGGAUAUGAUCCUCGCCUAGACCCGAGCUCAAAAGUAUACCAAAUAGAGACUUUCCGAACUGUAGAGAGGAGCUUCACUGCCGUUGCAGAUCUGGAACACCAACCUUCUAAUUUCAUCUCUGAGUCCCAGUUAGUUCCCCUAAACUUUCUAGACUACAAUAACUUGACAGAAGAUGAAAAAAAAUUUGCAUUUAUUCCAAAAGAUCAGGUUUUCACUGGUGAUACCUUCCCAUCAGUUGUAACCUUCCAGGUGCACGCUCUUCAGGACCCUUUGAUUACCAACAUACUUCACGCUGCUUCUGUAUUAGAGAAGCCUUCUGAGCGUUAUGGGUGGUUUGAUAGAUUGUCACUCCAAAAAGUUCGCUCAAUUAUAAAGUAUAAGCUAGAUGCUUUAAGUCAAGGAAAGGAGGUAAACUUGAAUAAAGUAGAGAACAUAGUAGACCGGGUUGCGUACAACUUUUCAACUAAACAAGGGGUUGACGAAGAUAGCCUAGAACAGCUUGAGGAAGAGGAGGAAGAAAAUGAUAGAGAAGAAUGUGAAGGACUAUCUACCGAGCACAACUUUCCUGGGCCUGAAAUAAGUUUCACUGGUGAACUUCCUGAAAAGCUCUUACAAGGGCGGCGACAUUUAUUAACGAAGCUGGAAUUGUACAACUCUAAUGAAGUAUCCAAAGUAUCUGAACUUAAUGGAAUCAUUAAGCAAGAGGAUUUAAUGUCUUUUGACUUAGGUUCCAAUACAACUGAGUCUACCUAUCUGAACUGA